AUGGAAGCAAUGGUUGGAUGUUCUUUGGCAGCGCUAACAAUUUAUGAUAUGACAAAAUCUGCAAGUCUUGGGAUUAAAAUUGAAAGUAUAGAAUUGUUGGGCAAGAAGGGAGGAAAAAGGGAUUUUGGACAAACAGAAAUUGAAGAAAGCGAAGAAAAAGAAUUUAGUUAAAAAUGUAAUUAAAAUAAUAAUAUGUGGUUGUUGUCUAAAAUAAUGCUGAAUAAGGCAUAUAAAAUGAUCGAAAUGCUUUAUGAAAUACCGUAUUUUCUUUAAGAGACC